AACAAAUAAUAAAAUCCUCCUAAUUGCCCCGUGUGGACGUAGGCUGCAGUUGGCGGCCGAACCACGUUAAAUCCUGUGUCGUUUAUUUUUCUGCAGUUGAUUCGUGAUUGUGUGUUGUUUCCGCGUGCGUUUAUUCCCAACAAGUGGUAUCGGAGCUUUGGCUCGGCAAACCGGAAAUCCGAUCAGCAGAAACUAAUUAGAAAGGAGUGUCACCUAAAGAACCCUGUGCAGUAGCAGGAGCCUGUGUUUGGGCCGCUGUCGCCGGAGCACCACCACCCCCGUCGAUCCACGAAGCAGUAAUGCGUGAUUGAUUGGAUUUGAGGUGUGAGGGAAUAAAGAGAGAUUUGGGUGGAUUUUGCUAUGAAGUGUUGGGCCGAAAGAAAAAAAAAAGAGGUGGGGGUCAUUGUGGAAUUUUUGGUGAUAGUGGUGUGAUUUUUUUGUGGGUGGUGUUAAUUUUUUGUGUCCUAGAUAUCUUAUCUGAUAAAAAUAUCAAGAUCUAAAAUUAGUUGUACCGGGUAUCUCAUCUUGUCGUUAGAGAUGACAGAAGAUGGGAAGUUCCGAAUUGAAAAGUUCGAUGAUACAGAUUUCAGCUGGUGGAGAAUGCAAAUUGAAGAUUUGCUAGUUCAGAAAGAUUUGGACGUGGUAUUGGGUGACAAGCCAGAAAAGAUGUCAGAUGCAAAUUGGGCAGGUUUGGAUCGGAAAGCAAUGUCCGUGAUCCGACUCUCGUUGACCAAGAAUGUUGCGUUCAACAUUCUGAAGGAGACGACAGCGAAAGGCAUCAUGGAAGCGUUGUCUAACAUGUACGAAAAGCCAUCUGCGGCAAACAAAGUGUUUCUGAUUAGAGAAUUGGUGAACAAAAGGAUGAAAAAUGGCACUUCAGUUACCGAGCAUAUCAACAAGUUGAAUUCAAUCUUAGCCAGACUUUUGUCAGUGGGCCUUAAGUUCGAUGAUGAAGUUCAAGCUUUGCUACUGCUAUCGUCUUUACCUGAUAGUUGGUCUAGAACGGUUACAGCGGUUACUGGUUCAGUGGGGCCUGACGGAUUCACUUUUGAGAAGAUUCGUGACCUCGUUCUUGGCGAAGAUGUCAGAAGAAGGAGUUCUGGUGAGUCUUCGGAAGAAUCACUAAAUAUCGUUAGAGGCAGAGGAAAUAACAGAGGUAGUGGGAGCAAGAACAGACGAAGGAGUCAAUCGAAGACUCGGGAUAGCUCAGACGUAACAUGCUGGAAGUGCAAGGAGGUGGGGCAUUUCAGGAAUCAGUGCCCGAAAGAGGAUAUGCAAGUGAACAUUGCUAGAGGCUCCGCGAGUGACAAGGAUUUGUUUAUCUGUUGUGCGGAGAGCAGUGUGGAUUCCUGGGUCAUGGAUUCUGGUGCUUCAUUUCAUGCUACCCACAGCGGUGAAGCAUUGCAGAAUCUAGUUGUUGGGGACUUUGGAAAGGAUGUCAGAGUGGUUCCAGGCUUGAAGAAACGUUUGAUUUCUGUCAAGAAGUUGGACGAACAGGGACACGAGGUGAAGUUCGAAAAUGGGCAGUGGAAGGUUGUCAUGAAGGGAAAUCUUGUCAUGGCCCGUGGAAGGAAGAGUGGGUCGCUGUACAUGGUCGAGUUACCGUCUGAGGGAGUGACCGUCCCAGUUCAGAAGAGAAACAAAGUCCGGUUCACAGAGUCUCGUGGGCAGAAGAAGGUUUUCUAUGCAAGAAAUAAAUCCAGAGCCACAGGUCAGACUCAGGAUGAACUAGACAAUAAAAUAUUCUGCAAUUGGUCAAAAAUUGCAAGAAAGAAUUUAUUUCCUGUAGGAUGACCACUUUCUAUGCAAGAAAGAAACCCAGAGCCACAUUGACUACAAAAAUUAAAGACUAGACAAAUAUUCUAGAACGAAAGUAGUAUUUCCUGUACGAUGUGUCUCAAAAUAUUUUUUGACUAUUCGUAGGGUCAAAUUUUGACCACUUGCUUUGCAUAUUUUAUUGAGUAAAUUCCAUAAAAGGUCCCCAGUUAU